CUCACUUAGCUGCUGACGUCAUCAGAUCAGAUAUAGGGGAUAUCCCGUUAGAGGAGCACACGAAACAGCAGGGAACAGUCGUGCUGUCAAUCGUUGUGAUAUUCCAUAAUUUGGACUACACCAUGGGGCCCUGGAGCUUCUUGAGUCUAAUUUUGACUUACUUCGUCGUGGUGAACUGCUACACACUAAGAUCUGCACAGCCAAACGAGGAUUUCGUUCAGCCUCAUUAUACCCACUAUAAUGAACUAAAGGAACUCUUUCACAAUCUCGCUGAGACUUAUCCAAAUUUGGCCAGAGUGCAUUCAGUGGGUAAAUCUGUUGAAGGUCGCGAUCUCUUGGUAUUAGAGAUCUCGGAAAAUGUCAGAGAACGUGCCCUUGGUGAGCCCAUGGUCAAAUAUGUGAGCAACAUGCAUGGUGACGAAGCUGUUGGACGAGAGUUACUGGUCUAUCUGUCACAGUAUUUACUGAAAAAUUAUGGCACAAAUGCAAGGGUCAGUGCACUGGUUAACAAUACUGAUAUCUUCCUAAUGCCUUCCAUGAAUCCUGAUGGGUUUGAACAUUCAACGGAGGGUAUGUGCCAUUCGAAGCAGGACUUUACUGGCCGUGAAAAUGCAAAUCAUAUAGAUCUGAAUCGCGAUUUUCCUGAUCAGUUCGACCAAAGCACAAAUCAUUUGCAACGAGGCGGCAGUAUAACAGAUGGCAGACAAAACGAGACAGUCGCAAUGAUGACCUGGAUAGCUACUGAGCCAUUUGUUCUCUCAGGAAACUUUCAUGGUGGGGCCAUUGUGGCAAGCUAUCCCUAUGAUUCAGGAAUUGCUGAGAAUUGCUGUAAAGAAAGUAAAUCCCCUGACGAUGAGUUGUUUAAACAUCUUGCGCAUACAUAUGCCGAUAAUCAUCCCACGAUGCGACUAGGAAACGCUUGUUCACUGGAACAUUUCCCUGGCGGUGUCACCAAUGGUGCCUACUGGUAUGAAGUUACGGGAGGCAUGCAGGAUUUCAAUUAUGCUCGCUCUAACGCAUUUGAAAUAACAUUUGAGUUGAGCUGCUGUAAAUAUCCAUUGGCUUCGUCAUUGCCAGAACAAUGGGAACUGAACAAGGAAUCUCUCCUCAAAUAUAUAGAGCAAGCACACAUUGGAAUUAAAGGUAGAGUAACAGAUACGGAAGGUCAGCCGAUCGAAGGUGCCAAUAUCGUAGUCGUUGGAAUAAAUCACAAUAUUUCUACAACAAAUCGUGGGGAAUAUUGGCGCCUCUUGCUGCCAGGCACUUAUUCUGUUUACGCUGCCGCCUGGGGGUAUCGCUCAAACAGUCCGGUGCAGGUAACUGUGACGAAGGAGGAUCAGCCAGUAAUAUUGAAUUUUACAUUAAGAAGCGAACCCCUCGACGAACAAGCACGAAAUGGUUCCCCUGAUGUGGAGGAACUAGAAAGGCCUAUCGAUAAAUAUGGCUUUUUCGAUCACACGGUGUUCGAGCAUCACAAUUACGUAGCCAUGGAGAAAUAUCUAAUGGACUUAUCUAGUGUUUAUCCAAACAUCACUCGCCUGUACAGUAUAGGACGUUCGGUGCAGAAUCGUGAACUUUACGUGAUGGAAAUAACAGAUAAACCUGGAAAACAUGAUAAGAGCAAGCCAGAAAUGAAAUAUGUAGCGAACAUGCAUGGAAACGAAGUGGUAGGAAGAGAAAUGUUGCUGCUGCUGAUAAAGUAUUUAUGUGAAAACUAUGGUACUGAUGCAAGAGUCACCAAGAUAGUAAAUAGUGUUAGAAUACAUCUGAUGCCUAGUAUGAAUCCUGAUGGAUAUGAAAUAUCCAAGGCAGGAGAUGUGAAUCAAUUGAAAGGUAGAAACAAUGCUAAAGACAUUGAUCUGAAUAGAAAUUUUCCUGACCAAUAUGGUUUUACUGAGCUCAACAGAAUCCAGCAGCCAGAAACCAAAGCAGUGAUGGAUUGGAUAGCAUCAGAACCAUUUGUCUUAUCCGCAAACCUCCAUGGUGGUGCCUUGGUGGCUAAUUAUCCGUAUGACGAUGGUCCUGAUAAAUCCAGUAGUGUAGUCAAUCUCGCCCCUGACAAUGACGUCUUCAGGAUGCUAGCACUAGUUUAUUCGCAAGCGCAUCCAAGGAUGCACUUGGGAGAACCAUGUGCACGUCCUUUUACUAUGAAUGGAGGUAUAGAUCCACUUGAGGAACGAUUUCCUGAUGGAAUAACCAAUGGAGCUCAGUGGUAUGCCGUUCCUGGUGGCAUGCAAGAUUACAAUUAUAUAAAUAGCAAUGACUUUGAAAUCACAUUGGAGCUUAGCUGCACGAAAUUUCCUCCUGCUGAGGAGCUUCCAAAUUUCUGGCUGCAGAACAGAGAACCACUCUUGGCUUUUAUAGAAAUGACUCGUAAAGGUGUUCAUGGGUUGGUAAGAUCCUCUAUCGGUGGAGCGAUUUCCCAUGCCAGAGUUCACGUCGAGGGGAUCGCACAUGACAUCUUUGCAGCGAAAGAUGGUGAUUACUGGAGACUCCUUAUUCCAGGAAAUUAUAAUAUUACUGUCAGUGCUGUGGGAUAUGAGCCGUUGACGCAAAACGUUACCGUACCUGAAGGACAUGAGUUGGGACAAGGGGAAGUAACUUUGGAUUUCACCUUAAUGAGGGAUGAUCCUCAGCAUUGGUCUUCGGCGUAUGAUUUUCGGCUAAUGUCAAACUUACAGAAAGGUUACCUAAAGAAUGUAGAGUUAAGCGCAAUGCUUGGCCAGUUAGAAAAUCGUCAACAGGAUGUCGCGGAAUUCAGGGCUGGAGAUUCUUUCGUCAGCAUGGCCAUACAUUCUCUUAAAGUAACCCAGAAUAUGGGAGCACCAGAGGAAAAUAAAUUUCGAAUUGCCCUUGUCGGUGGAUUAUUCGCAUCGCAACCAGCAGGACGUGAAUUAUUUUUACGUCUUGCUACACACAUUCUGAAAGGAAAUCAAAUAGGCGAUCCACCAAUUCAAAGAAUUCUGAAUACUAGUGUGUUGCAUUUCAUUCCUGGAGUAGAUCCAGGAUUUGAUAAAGUAUCCGAUUUUUGCAAUCCUCUGGUGUCUGAUGAGGUCGGCGCAAAAAUGUUGGAUGAUAGUCAACAACUUGAUCCGGUUACAAGCGCUUUUAAAAAGAUGUUGGAAACUGAGGAUUACGAUGCAAUUAUUCUGAUAUCUGGUGGAGCUAAAGAUGUUAGUUACACAUACGACGAAUUCAACAUUUACAGGACACUUGCCAAAAAGUAUAAAUUUCAAGUUCAUUCAGAAGUAUGUCAACCUCAAAACAAUGGUGUAGACCAGUUAAAGGAUUCUAUUAACAAGCGAUAUAACAUUCCUGUGAUAAGUAUAUCUGCAUCCUGCUGUAAAUAUCCUUCGGCUGAAACUAUUCCGAUGCUCUGGAGAGAAAAUUUGAAACCUCUAAUGGGACUUCUUCAAGAUCUUUCGACUGGUAUCCGCGCGACAAUAACAAAUAAUCAAGGAACUCCACUGAGACAAGCUAUAGUACAAAUUGGAACUACGAUUCAUCAUUUGUCCAAAAAUAUGGCUUAUUUCAAGAUGACAUUAUUGCCUGGCAAUUACUCUUUCAUCGUAUCCUGCAAGGGUUACAUCAGUAAAUCAGUCAUGAUUCAGAUAAACGAUAAGGAAGUCACGGAUAUGAAUAUAAAACUUGACCAGUCCAAGGAAGUAGAUAUAGGUCUUAUAGAAAAAAACGAAAACAAAGGAAGCAACAAAAUCAAUAAUAUUCUGGAAGAUUUGAACGGAAAGUAUCCACAAAUUUCUAGAUUGUAUAAAAUUGGCAAAACAAAAAAUGGCAAUGAAGUGAUGGCACUAGAAAUUGGCAAGCAAGAUGAUAACUCAAAAUUAACUGGGAGACUUUCGGUUAUUUUCUCAGCCGGUGUAUAUCAAGGUGCUCCAGUGACGUCAGAAGUAUUAGUAAAUUUCAUUUACUUCCUUUUAGCUAGUUAUAAGACAAAUCCAAAUGUAACCAAGUACCUAGACCAUUUCUUUAUACACGUGGCACCAGACUUGAACCCGGAUGCAAUGAAGAAGCAAACAUGUUUGGGCACUACAGAGCAACCUUUGCAAUUCCCAAUUCGGAAUGCACUAGAUAAUAAUGCACAAAUUAUUGUUGAUUGGUUCAAAAAAGUUAAUGCUGUUCUUGGGGUGAACUUUAAUACUGGUUCAAGGCACGUGGAAAUACCGUAUGGCGACAAGUAUGGAAGUUCAUAUGAAAAUAUAUACAAUACCGACGAUGAGAAUGUUUUGAAAAGCUUUGCACUAACUUAUUCAAAACACCAUCCGUCUAUGAGCACUAACAAUUCUGUAUUAUCAGAAUGCGGAACAGCAUUCAUCAUUGAAGAUAGCGGAGUCACGCAUGCCGGUGUGGCGCUCGGUAAAGAACGUAAGAAUAGCUUAAUCGACUAUGUCUACCUAAACACAAGCACACUGAUGCUGGAUGUUUAUGUAUCUUGCUGUAACACUGAUUAUCCUCUGGAUAUUUGGAAUCAAAAUAAGGAGAGUCUACUGGCGAUCAUUGGGGAAAUUUCCAAGGGCAUUACUGGUUACGUUGUAAAUCAGAACGAUGAGCCCAUUAAGAAUGUUUUAUUAUCGCACGAUAAAUUCGUCCACUAUGUUAAAAAUUAUCAAUCAGGAGCCUACUGGCUUUUAUUACCUUCGGGGACUCAUACAAUCACUGCCUCAGUGCCAGGAUAUAUGACAGAGACGAAAUUGAUAGAUAUACCAGAUGCCAAGACAUUCACCCACGUAAUGUUUAAACUACAGAGAGAUGAAAAUGUUCUGGGAAUGCCAAGAUUAGUUUUUGUAAUAAUAGCUGGUAUACUUUGCCUAGGCAUAGUCGUGUCCGGAGUUUGUUGCUAUGCAGGUUGUCAAUCAGCGCGAAAUCGCGAGAAGAACAACAAGAAGGGUUAUGCUUUUAGUUUACUGAGAGAUGGGAAUACUUUUUUCGACAACGAUGAAAAGGAAGUUGAGAUAUUCAAAAGACCUUUGAAAGAAAAUCUGAAAGAAGCUGAUGAUCUGAAAAUAACAAGACCAUAUUUUGAUGCCGAUGAAGAAUCAAGCUCUGAAGAUGAUGCUAGUGAUCUUGAGUUUAUCAGACCUGAACUUGAUUGAAGAGAGACGCUGCAAACUGAUUUGUAAUGUUAGGCAACUCUAAAUACGAUUUCCGUCCAAAUAUUAUAACUGGAAUUCUACAACAGGGAAUUUGAAAGUGCAGAGUUUAUUUUUACGUUCAUUAUAAAUACGUUUCAGUCUCAAUCUCUUAAAUGCACCAACAGCAAUAUCAAUACAAACAUUAAUAAUGAUUUCCUGUUAAUGAUGUAAAAUAUUUCUAGAUUGUUUCUGGAUCAAGUGUAUUCGAACAUAGUUUACAUACAUGUUGGAAUUUAUCUGUUAAUCGAGACAUUACAUCUUUAUACAAUCGAAUUAAUAACAUUCAAAGACAACUAUAUCCGAUUAGCAAUAUUACGUAAUCAUAUGAUGAACAUAUCCAACGUUCGCUUUGAACGUACUUAAAAUCAUUUGAUAUCUCUUAAGAUGACCUUUAUUGUAUAUUUUAUAGAUAUUUUUGAGUGGAACAUAUUUUUUUAUUUUUCUCAAGUACUGUCAAAAGUUCCUAUAAUAUACUUCCAAGAGAGAAUGUAAAUUGGACAAAUCAAGAUUUUUAUAUGUAAUGAUAUCACGUGAAUCACGUAUCUUUAUUAACACGAGCGUUAUUUUAUUCUAAAUUAUCUAUAAUCUCUUCCUGUAUUUGAUAAACUUUAUUGGCUCUUAUCUCUUUUUAUGUUUCGUAUUUAACUAAUUUUGAUAAUCUUUACAUGACAAUUUUUGAUGUCAGAGGAACGCCUAUUUGUGUACUUACUUUUAUAAUUAAUUAUCCCGAUGUAGCAUAUCCACCUUGCUGUUUCACUCCGUCGUAUUUUACCUGCGAUAACGUAGACAAACGUAAGGAAAUGCAUUCCUCCUAUUUUUCCUUGUGUUCUAUCGAAAAUUAAGCAUAUCAAAUCUAAUUCCAAGUGCAUUCGAUUCUUUCCAUAUUUUCAAGUUUCAUUACUUAAAGUAAUUAAAAGGACGAAGAAAACAAGGCAUCCGAAUUUUAGAAGAUAUUUUUGCAGCGAUAAAAUAGAAAGAAUAAUAGUCACAAUGUAAAUUUAAUUUUAAGAACAGCUUACCAAUUUGUACCCUUACGACGAAUUUCUGAAUUGAAAUCUCUUUUUAUAAAUAAGAUUUAAUAUUGGGUUUAAAAACAUUGCGACUAUGUAUGUAUAGCGUAAAGGAUUAUAAAAUUAUAUGUAUAAAGCGUAAUAGCGCAUGAAGAGUACUAUCUAUAUAUUACUGUAUUUUUGGUAAUUGGCAAAUUACUUAACACGCCUGUACUGUGUAUAUGAGUUUACAUGUUUCCAUUAAAAUCUCAGAGAUUAUUUUGUGUGCAUACCAUUCUAUCUACAUUUUAUAUCUGCAUAUGGCUAGGAUGAAACUAUACCCACACAACACACGUGCCCAAAAGUCAUUCUUAAGAUGUCUCAAAGACAACUGUGCUCUAAAAACGAAUUUUGGACAUUAUGUGUUGUCUGGGUAGGCUCUUUGAUUUAUAUAACAUUGCUGUAUUGAUUUUCUUUAAGAGCUUAAAGUGACUUAGAGAGCGGGAGGUACGGAUCUUGAUGAAAUGUAUAAACAUUAUAAACAAAUAAAUGGAAAUAAAAAAAAGAA